AAUAAAUCACGUGUUACAGGCUAUACCGGUUCUCCCACUGAAUCCGAAAAACUUCUCCAUCCGUAUAAGUACUUCCAUCACCAUGCACAAAGUAUUUCCAUCCCACUGUCGAUCACUACCUACAGUCCAAAACUUGUUUAUUUGGUCAGAUCUGUAUCUCUCCGGCCAUUCUUGAUUUUCCGGCCAUGCCGAUCCACAAGAUUGCGUUCGGGCACCACGAUGAGCUCCGGCAUCCGGGCAACCUCAAGGCGGCUCUGGCGGAGCUCAUAUCCACCGUCAUCUUCGUGUUCGCCGGCCAGGGCUCAGGCGUGGCGAUCAGCAAGUUGACCCACGAUGGUCCCACCUCCCCUGCCGGCCUCAUCGCCGCCGCCCUUUCCCACGCUUUGGCUCUGAUCGUGGCCAUCUCCGUCGCCGCUAACGUCUCCGGCGGCCACGUCAACCCCGCCGUGACCUUCGGCGCCUUCAUCGGCGGCAACAUAUCUUUCUUCCGCGGUCUCCUUUACAUCAUUGCUCAGCUUAUUGGGUCAACGGCCGCUUGCUUCCUCCUCCAAUUCGUCACCGGCGGCCUGCCUACCGGAACUUUUGGUCUUGCCGGAAUAUCCGUUUGGAACGCACUGGUGUUAGAGAUCGUGAUGACCUUCGGCCUCGUCUACACCGUUUACGCAACGGCGAUCAACCCAAAGAGGGGAGACAUCGGAACCAUUGCUCCCAUCGUCAUCGCCUCCCUCGUCGGAGCUAACAUUCUGAUCGGCGGCGCCUUCGACGGAGCAUCGAUGAACCCGGCGGUGGCAUUCGGACCUGCCCUGGUGAGCUGGACCUGGACUUCCCACUGGGUGUACUGGGCAGGACCCAUCGCCGGCGGUGGCCUCGCCGGAGUUGUGUAUGAGGUCAUCUUCAUGCCCCACCACACCCAUGAGCCAUUGCCCCGUGAGGAAUUCUAAAUCCAGAGUUUCUCAUCCGAUCUUCUUGUAAUCUGUUGUUCUUCGUCCUUGUUUCUUCAAGCUUUGAGUGUAUGCUGCUAUGGAGUUUAAGUCUGUUGUUGAGUGUAUCCUGUAAUUUCUGGGCUUCUUAUUUUGUGAUGAAUUAUUAUUGAAUUCGGAGCUAUUUUUUUCUUCAUGUUAUUAAGUGAAUAUUUAUGCUUAUUAUGAACUCAACUACUUAUGUUAUUUGAUCCCUUCAAACAACUUUUUAAUUAGGAAAUCCAUAUGAUUCUCUCGUGGAAUAUGGAGUCCUAUGAGAUUCUUGAAUAACAACAAACACUUAUGAAUCCAAUGGCGGAUUUAGAAUUCAACUUUUGGGUAUCCAUUUUUUUGUACAUUUAAUUCUUGAAAGAAAAAUAAAUAAUUCAAUUAACUUUA